CUUAGCUGGUAAUUGCUAUUUGCAAUGUUUUUCUCACCCUUUUUCUGUCUGUCCCCCCUCCAUUCCUUUAUAUGUGAACCUCCUUCCAUAUUUCUCUGCAAUUCUUCUCAAAAUAAAACCCUUUUUCUUCUUUAGUAGUCUCCUCUCUUUUUGACAAAACUAGGAAGUUCUAUAGCAAAAGCUAGCCAUGGCAAAAGUUGGGAAGCUAACAAAGCUGAAGUCAGCAAUAAAAAGAUGGCCAUCUUUAACGAAGCUGACCUGUAGCAGCAGUGCAAUAGCGGCUGCAGAGUCCGAAGACAAGUCAAUUCCAAAGGGUCUUCAUGCAGUAUACGUUGGAAAGUCGCGGCGGAGAUACCUGGUAGGGUCUGAGAUCAUCUGUCAUCCGCUUUUACAAGAGCUGAUUGAUAGGUCCUCUGGUGGAGGUAAUGGAUUUGAUGAUGGUCAUGAAGUUGUGGUUUCUUGCGAGGUUGUUUUGUUUGAGCACUUGCUUUGGAUGCUUGAGAAUGGUGGAGCUCAGUUGGGGUCCAUGGAAGAGCUGGUUGAGUUCUACACUUGCUAACAAAAAGGGAAGAAAACAAAGCUAAAGGCUUGUCAAAGUUGUAAAAAGAUUUAGAGGCAUGAAAAGGCAGAGAAAAUAAUAAUGAAAAUCAAGUAGUAUAGGCAGUUAAUUUAGUGUAUGUGUGUCCUUUCGGGAUGGUGAGAAUUAACCCAUUUGAUUUUACUGCGGGGUGAUGUAUGUUGCUCAUCAAGAACUUUCAUUAGGAAUUUUCUUUUCUUUUCUCUUCUUCUUUUCUUUAGAAUGCUUGGUAAGAAGGGUUACUUUUAUAUGUUUACAACCAAAUGGUUGAGAAAUGGAAAUUUGGCUGUUUUCAUAAUUCAAUCUUCUUUCUUCUUCCUUUUUCAUUUUCUUUGUUAUUUAUGUAAUUAAUUUUAUGUUUAGACAUAGCUAGCCAUGUGGAAUGAGGCCUAAUUCUCAACUCUUUGUGCCAGCAUAAAACAAGGUGGCAAUCAAUAUUUGGACAGAGAUCAAAUCAGAAAAUGGCUGCUUUAGUUCACUUAGUUGAUUUUUUAAUAUAUGUACAAGUAAAUAAUGCACCUAGUUUUUUUUUUUUUAACUUUCCCUAGAAAAAUGAGAAAAAGGAAAAGAAAUUAUACCAAAUUUUAGUUUUGCUUAUGGCCCUUUCUAUUAAUAGUCCAUUGUACUGAAAAGGAUUGA